CUGGUGGUAGUGGGUACCUUGCCGUUGCCGGCCUGGCCGGCUGGCCCUCGUGUGCGUUCCUCGCUCGAUCUCCCUCCUUCGGUCAAAAGCCAACAUGACAACACACGAGUCUGGGUAGCUGUCCCCCGCGCGGCUCGCCCCCUCGCUCCUCGGCGCCGCUGCCGGCCCGCGCCUGCGCCUGCGGCUCGCGCCCUCUAUACCUCCGCCCGCCCGUCCCCCUCGUGCCGCUCUGCCUGCCCCCCGCAUUCCGCGCCGCCUCGCCACCGAACUGGGAGGAAUCUGCGGGGAAGGGGGAUAUGGGGUCGCCGGGUGCGGGGAGCAGCGGCGGCCACGAGUGCUCCUUCAAGUUCCUCCUCAUCGGGGACUCGGGCGUCGGCAAGAGCAGCCUCCUCGUCAGCUUCGUCGCCGCCUCCUACCUCGACGGCGACAUCGCCCCCACCAUCGGUGUGGAUUUUAAAAUCAAGUUCCUUACAGUUGGUGGAAAGAAACUAAAGUUGACAAUAUGGGAUACUGCUGGCCAGGAGAGGUUUAGGACAAUUACUAGUUCUUACUACAGAGGUGCUCAGGGAAUUAUUCUAGUAUAUGAUGUCACAAAGAGAGAAAGUUUCUCAAAUUUGGCUGAUGUUUGGACUAAGGAAAUAGAAGCAAACUCAACAAACAAAGACUGCAUAAAAAUGCUUGUUGGAAACAAAGUUGACAAGGAUGAUGAAAGAAUGGUCACAAAAGAGGAAGGUCUUGCUUUUGCUGAAGAAUAUGGAUGUCUGUUUCUUGAGAGCAGUGCAAAAACACGAGAAAACGUUGAGAAAUGUUUUGAGGAACUUGCAUUGAAGAUUCUUGAGGUGCCUAGUCUCCUAGAGGAAGGGUCUUCUUCGGUUGUCAAGAGGAACAUCCUGAAACAGAAGCAGGAAAGUGAUGCAAAGAACGGUAGUGGAUGCUGUCAAUAGAUGUAUGUGCUGAUCCACACCACACGGUUGGCUUUCUUCGUGUGAGCUGCCCUGAUUGUCUGCUGUACAUGUUCUUGUGAGUAAGAAGGGCGAGCAUAAUUGAUUUGUACAAAGGACAUGUCAGUUUGGUGUCAUAGUUUUCCUCAUCUCCAGUUUAGUAUAGCAAUUUUGUUGUC